AUGGUCAGUGACGAGACACCCUUGCUGCUCGCUGGGAUGAUGCUGACCGCCGAAAAAACGACUCCCACCAAUGUCAUGAAGGAGCCUCGUAUUGAGAAGCUCGUGAUCAACAUUUCCGUUGGUGAAUCUGGAGAUCGUCUCACUCGUGCCUCCAAGGUUCUCGAGCAACUUACCGGCCAAACACCCGUGACCUCAAAAGCCCGCUACACUGUCCGCACUUUCGGUAUCCGUCGUAAUGAGAAAAUCGCCGUGCACGUCACCAUCCGUGGGCCUAAGGCUGAGGAAAUUUUGGAACGUGGUCUCAAGGUCAAGGAGUACGAGCUAAGGCGCCGCAACUUUUCGGAGACUGGAAACUUCGGCUUUGGAAUUCAGGAACAUAUCGAUUUGGGUGCGCGAUAUGACCCCGGCAUUGGCAUUUUCGGAAUGGACUUUUACGUUGUGAUGGGACGUCCCGGUGCCCGGGUUGCAAGGAGGAGGCAGCAGAAGGCCCGGGUUGGUUUCUCCCAUCGCAUUAAGAAGGAGGAUACGAUGGCUUGGUUCAAACAACGCUUCGAUGGUAUUAUCCUUAAAUAA